AGGAAGACCGAACGCGUUGACGUCAAUAUCGGAGAUUGCGAGUAAGUCAACCAGCGAUGGAUUUGACUGAUUGGGCAGGUGAAGGUGCAGGCGAGAAGAUGGCAUCUCAUAGUCAGCGUGAAGAAGGCGUCCUUGCGCAUAGAUUACCGUACAUGGCGAGUCUGGAGGAGACAAGCAGCAAUCUACAAUAUGAAGCUGAUCAAUGGAUUUCGCUCCUGGAGGCAGGUCGAUGGCGAUUGCAGGGUCUGGUGGAUGCCUUAUCCACAACAGUCAAAGCCUGGGCAGAGGUCGAUGGGGGAGCGGCCUCGGGACUGGAGCAAUGGGUGAAGGACAUGACUCAGUCUAUUAUGGAGAUUAUCUGGGAAGCUGAGGAGGGGCCAGACCCGCGUUUGGACACUCUCAUCAACUGGGGGCAUGUCGACAUUCUGAUGGAGAGAUACUAUGAGCUUUUCGACGAGGCUCAAGUCCAGCGAACUGCGUUGGAGAAGCGUGCACAAGAGGGGCGCGUCGAGUAUGAUGACAAGGGUCCACGUCAGACUGCGACAGCUGCGACAACGAUUAUAACAACGUCGACUAUUGAUAAGGCGAUGAUUACAUCAGCAUCUAAAGCACUCACGACGAUAUCAUCAGCAACAUCGAUCAGACCGAUAGAGCCCGUGAUUACGACACUGACAUAUGCACACGACAUCAAAUUCAACAAUAACGACUACAACAACUACAACGACACUGUGCACUACGGUGGUAUGGAAGGUGAGAUCCUGAGGUCGUGCGGGCUUGGGAGCGAUAGCAACUACAUCAUCACCAAUGAAGACAUCGAUACUGCCAGGGGAAACGACAAUAACAACAACAAUGAUAACAACAACAAUGAUAACAACAACAAUGAUAACAACAACAUUGAUGCUGUGGUGGUGUCGUGGGGAUCGACACUGGAGCUGUUUGGUUGAUUGUUUUGAGCCCUGCCACGUGGGUGUUACGAUUUGUUCCUUAUUUUUGUUUUGGAUUUGUCUGCAAUAGGGUUUUCCUCCACUAGAGUGGUUUGUAGUUAAUUACGAUCGGAGGGGGAAGCUCAAUAUAAUUGCUGAGAAACUUGUAUUGUGAUUACGAUCUGUCCGCAAUAGGGCUUUCCUCCACUUGAGCGGUUUGUGGUUAAUUACGAUCGUAGGGGGAAGCUCAAUAUAACAACUGAGAAACUGCAAAACUAUCUCGCCCUGCAAUCAAGUUCUAUGCCCUAUUUGUGUCUCCCCCAUUCCUCACGGUACGACGGAGCUUGAUUUUGCAUAUAAUGGGGUUAAUCCUUGCCCAUCUGGGGAAGCAAUCAAUAUCCCGGGAUUAU